GUUCGUGAGUGGAGCCCAGCCUUAUAUGGACUGAUCGCUCGGGCAAUGGCCAUUUUUCCUCGCCACCAGCGCCACCGCGCCGAGCGGCCGCUGGAGCCCGAGCUGACGGCGCCUUGGCACCUCUCCUGGAGUUACAAAACUAAGCGGGCGGGGGCGCUCGGCGCGCAGGCGCGCCAGUCCCUGGUCCAUUUCCGUGUGCUUUCAGAAGAAGACAGAGGCUCUGGGUUACGGGUUUCCGUCAAGGACAUCUUGGACCUGCCGACACCAACGAUGAGGAGGGCUCGUGGCGAGGGGCGGGAGAGAGCGGGGCCCAGCCCGCCAAAGGUUGGCGCUGGGGCAGGCGCCCUGGACGCGGUGCAGAGCCCUGCCCUGAAGAGCCCGUUCUACGACAGCAGCGACAACUACACGCGCUGGCUGGCCAGCACCGAGGGCCUGCUAUUCCCGUAGAUGCACGGACUGGCGGCCCGGCGCUACCGCCCUCAAGACUCCAGCUCCAAGUCCCCAGAGCCCUCCGCUGACGAGUCACCGGACAAUGAAAGGAGCCCCGGCGGCGGGGGACGCAGGCAAGAAGAAGCGAAGCGGCGUGGUGCUCUUCUCCAAGCGCAGACCUACGAGCUGGAGCGGCGCUUCCGGCAGCACGGGUAUCUCGCGCCGGAACACGCGAAAACCUUGGCCAGCCUCAUCCGCCUCACGCCACGCAGUCAGAUGUUCCAGAACCACCGCUACAAGAUGAAGCGUGCCCGGCGGAGAAAGGUAUGGAGUGACGCCCCUGCCCUCACCGCGCCGGGUGCCGUGCCCGUCUUGGUCAGGGACGGCAAACCGUGCCACGCGCUCAAAGCCCAGGAGCUUGCAGCCGCUUCCACGGGCAUCCCCUUUCGGUCCUACAGUGCGCAGUCCCUGCAGCACAUGCAGUACAAACGCCAGUUACAGCUCGGCCAGCACCCCCAGUACCCGACAGCACACCCCCUGGUCAGGCCAGCAGUGGACUUUG